CAAUUUCUAUUCUCUAUUUCACAAUUUCUAUUCAACAACAAAUGCAUAAUCUUCAAAUCUUUUCUGGAAACGAAAACUGAAAAUUCGCGUUACGAUGGACAAAUUUUUGAAACCAGACAAGUUUGAUGGUGAUCCGAAUUCUCCAACAGCUCUACAAGAAUGGAACUUCUGGCUAAAGACUUUUGAGAAUUUCAUCGCAUCUUUUGACGAAGAAGACAUCGAUGAUGAAAGUAAGUUGCGGUUGCUUACCAACUUUCUAUCUCAUUCUGUUUAUCAAACAAUUGCCGACAAAAAUUCAUAUACUUCGGCUAUUGACGCACUAAAAUCUGCAUAUGUAAAACCAAUAAAUGAAAUAUUCGCUAGACAUAAAUUGGCAACUAGAAAACAGUCUUCAGAUGAGACAAUUGACCAAUAUAACCAAGCUUUACAACAACUGAGUAAGAAUUGUGGGUUUGCAGAUGUUGAUUCUGAAACUCAUAGGAAAACAUACAUUCGUGAUUCAUUUAUCCGGGGCCUCAGCUCUCAUCAGAUAAGACUGAGACUUUUGGAGUUUGACAAGCUAACUCUUGAUGAAGCUAUUGAAAAAGCACGUGCCUUGGAAUCUGCCAGAAAUCAAUCAGCUUCUUACUCUUCUGAAAUAACUCUUAAUGCCACUUCAAAUAAUUCUUCAGAAAAUUCAUGUAAAGAAACAAAUUUGUCAGCUGUAAAAACUGGAAGCUCAAGUUUUCAAAAAUGUUAUUUUUGUGGUCGUCAGCGACAUAAAACACGUCAGCAGUGCCCUGCACUAAAUGACUCAUGCGAAAAAUGCCAGAAAAUAGGUCAUUGGAAAAAUGUCUGCAAAUCUACUAAAACUUCUUCAUCUUCGGCGCUUAUUGCAGCCUCUACUGUUCUUGAAAAUGCUACAGUACAAGCUCAGGUAAACAACAUUCCUACUUCUGCUUUGAUAGAUACAGGAAGCUCUGAGACAUUUAUUUCACACUGUUUUGCUAAAAAAUGUGGACUUGAAAUGUACCCUACAACUGGUGCAGUGUCCAUGGCUUCAACAUCACUAAGAAAGAACAUUUUCUUUUAUUGUGUAGCUCAUUUAGAAUUUUCAGGUCAACAUUACCCCAAAACAAAAUUCAGUGUAUUGCCUGAUUUGUGUGCUAAUGUUAUUGUAGGACAUGACUUACUUAAUCAACACUCUGAACUUAGAGUUUUAUUUGGAGGAACUAAACCCCCAUUGACUAUCAAUUAUCUGGCUCCAGCAAAGAUAGAACCUCCACCACUUUUUGAGUUUUUAACUAAAGACAUUAAACCUAUAAUUACUAAAUCCCGAAAGCAUUCUCUUGAAGACUAGUUUCAUGGAGAAAGAAAUUGAGAAACUGCUAGCUGAUGGAAUUAUUGAAGAAAGCAGGUCUCCCUGGAGAGCUCAAGCAUUUGUAGUGAAGAACGAAAAUCAUAAAAAGCGAAUGGUAAUAGACUAUUCUCAAACUAUUAACCGAUACACACAUCUUGACGCAUAUCCCCUCCCUAGUCUUGAAGAUAUUGUUUCUAAGGUCUCAAAAAACUCUGUAUUCACCACUAUUGACUUGAAAAGCGCUUACCACCAGGUACCCCUACGAGAAAAAGAUCGACCUUUCACUGCAUUUGAGGCAUGUGGCCGUUUGUAUCAAUUUCGAAGGCUUGCUUUUGGUCUGACAGAUGGUGUACCCACUUUUCAGCGAGUCAUUGAUAAUGUUAUUAAUAAUGAAAAACUUGAAAAAACGUAUGCAUACCUGGAUGAUGUGACAAUAUGUGGUAAGAAUCAGAAGGAACAUGAUUUGAAUCUCAAAAAAUUCUUAGAUGCAGUACAAAAAUAUAAUUUUACAAUCAAUACAGAAAAAAGCAAAUAUUCACUUACUUCAAUAAGCUUGCUUGGCUAUAAAAUUGAAAAUGGGACAAUUUCUCCUGACCCUGAACGUCUGAAACCAUUGCUCAAUCUUCCACCCCCAGAUAAUAGAAAGGCUCUUGAGCGAACAAUUGGAAUGUUUGCACACUAUUCCAAAUGGAUAUCCAAUUAUUCAGAUAAAGCUAAACGGCUUCUUACAGCAAAGACCUUUCCUUUGACUUCUGAAGCUAUAGCUGACUUCAAUCAACUCAAAACUGAGAUUUCUAAGGCAGUAGUUAGUACAAUUGACGACUUUGAACCUUUUGUGGUUGAAACAGAUGCAUCUGAUUUUUCAAUUUCAGCUGUCCUAUCACAGUGUGGACGUCCAGUAGCAUUCUUUUCUCAGAAGCUGAAUGAUAGUGAGCGUAAACAUUCAUCCAUUGAAAAAGAGGCUUUUGCUAUUGUGUGUGCUCUUAAAAAGUGGAGACAUUUCUUACUUGGAAGAUUCUUCAAAAUUAUCACUGACCAGCGCUCUGUAUCAUUCAUGUUUGAUAUGACUCAUCAAAAUAAAAUAAAAAAUGAAAAAAUACAACGAUGGCGAUUGGAGAUGUCAUGCUACAAUUACGAAAUAAUUUACAGACCAGGAAAGGACAACCAAGUAGCAGAUGCACUUUCCAGAGUGUGUAAUGCAACUCAAACCGAUAAAUUACACUCCCUACACUGUGACUUGUGUCACCCUGGAGUGACCAGAAUGAUUCAUUGGGUAAGAACUCAUAA